GGAAGAAAUAAAUGAAACAGUUUCUGCAACCACAUGUUGCUGGGUUUGACUAAACCAGGACUGGCUGCUGCAGCAGCAUCUACCCUCUCCCCUCCUUGCAUUGUGCGUCUGCAUGUGUAGUUCCUGCCACCUGUGGCAGCACUCCUAUUCCCUCUACGCCACCAAAAGCGAACAAAAAAAAAACAGCAAUUGGAGAGGAGAGCAAAGGAGAGUCUGGACGAGGAGAGGAUAUCUUUCAUGAUAAGUGGACUUCUGAUAGAGAGAGAUCCACGGUGCACUUGACACAAAUGAAAGCAGAAUCCUAAAGCCAGCAGGAUGCCUGGACUCAUUAACAAGGAGAGCCAGUGUGCUCUGCCCCUCAGUGUGUCUGACAUCACCUGCUGCGUCAGGGGUUAUACUCUGGCUCUGACGGCCUCUAUGACCUACGAGAAUAUUGAGGAUCAUGCAAUUGAGGGUAUCUUCAUAUAUCCACUGGAAGAAAAUUCCAUUGUUGUUGGGUUUGAGGCUAUGAUAUCCAGUCAAAUUAUAACCCUGCAAAUAAAAGGCAAGGCAAAACUUGAUGAUUGUUAUCAGGACACCUGCCACACCGCUAACGGGGCUCUCCAGAGCGGCACUGCUACAGGGAACAUACUGGUGGAUGAGGACUUUGAGAGGACUGUGCUAGUGGUUAACCUUGGAAUUAUCCCCCCAAUGGAGACGGUACAUAUCCUGGUCAGCACAUCGUCUGAGCUCACCACUUUGCCCAGUGGAGGUAUCAGGGUCUCAUCCCCACCAGUUUGUACUCCUCGGGUACAAAGGACCAUCAACGAGGAGCAGGGAUUGUCGCCAAACUUCUCCCGAACUCGUGAAAGACCCACUUGUGCCUCAAGUCCUCACGAUCAGAAUCCAAACUCCUCUCCGCUGUGGCUGGCAACGCUGCUGGAGGAUGAGGCCAUAAACUCUAUGGACUAUGAAUUUAACUUCCAGCUGGAGAUUCGAGCUCCGUACCUUCUUGCAGGAGUGGAGAGCCCUUCUCACGCCAUUCGAGCUGAUGCAGACCCUCUGGCCCGCUCGGCAACCAGCGUCGUCAUCACACUGGCUGACAAGUACACUUACGACUGCCCUGUCGAAAUACUCAUCUACCCCAGCGAGCCCCAUGUGCCGCACGUUCUCGUCGAGAAUGGAGACAUGACGCAGGAGGAGUACGACGAGUUUCUUCACAGUCGGAGUGAUUUCAUCAAAGCAACCAAGAAGGACUCCAGCAAUCAGAGGAAAGUAGACGUCAUUCACAGACGGCUGCAUAAGGACAUCCUCCACAACCCCGUGGUCAUGUUGAACUUUUGUCCCAACCUCAAAUCCAUCUGCUCAGACCUGAGGAAAGUUCACGGCGAAUUCAUCUUCCUUAUUGACAGAAGCGGCAGCAUGAGCGGACUCAACAUCCACCGUGUGAAGGACGCCAUGGUGGUUAUCCUGAAGAGUUUGAUGCCUGGCUGCCUUUUUAACAUCGUUGGAUUUGGAUCCAUGUUCAAAUCACUCUUCACAACCAGCCAGAACUACGAGGAGGAGGCCCUGGCGCAGGCUUGUGAUUACAUCAGGAAGAUGAGAGCUGACAUGGGGGGCACCAACAUGCUGGCGCCGCUCACCUGGAUUGUGAGGCAGCCCACGUUCAGCGGUCACCCCAGGCUGCUCUUUCUGCUCACAGACGGAGCCGUCAGCAACACAGGCAAGGUUAUUGAGCUGGUCCGCAGCCAUGCACGCUAUAUCAGAUGUUUCACAUUCGGCAUUGGACAAAAUGCAUGCCGGAGGCUGGUGCAGGGGUUGGCGGCUGUUUCCAAAGGAACAGCUGAAUUCCUGGCUGAUGGAGAGAGGCUGCAGCCCAAGAUGAUAAAGUCGCUGAAGAAAACCAUGUCCCCGGUACUCAGUGACAUUUCCAUCGAAUGGCUCUUUCCUGAAACCAAAGAGGUGCUGCUCUCCCCUGUUGGCAACACCUUCCUCUUUCCAGGAGACAGUCUGAUUGGCUACAGUGUGGUGUGCGACACUACCCGUUACCACGACAACCCCAAAUCUGAUAAAAGGAGGCGAUACAGCAUGAUGCGCUCCAUUGAGUCAGCCAGCUCGGUGUUUUACCACUCACAAGAGGAGGAGGCGGGGAAGACGGGAGCGGACAGUCAGGGGUCCCACUGGGAAGCACCCUGCGGCACGCUGCAUGACUCCUACCAGGACGCCAUGACAGAGAGUGGCCUGGUCAUCACAGAGCCAGACCUCACAGAUGACACAUCACCAAGGAGACGUGCAUACAGCACAAACCAGCUCAUGGACUACAACCCAGCAAAGAAAUCCUUUACUCCCAGUGACCCCAACUCUGUGGUGCCCAAGAAUCCCCUGCGGAGGAGCAAAGUCCAGGACCUGACAGGCCAGAUGAGCCCUGAGCAAGAAAUGCACUGGAAGAACGACUGCCAGCCACAGCUGGCUGGUCUGUGCGCCCCGUCCUUCAGAGGGCGACCUGGCACCGGUCACAAGCCGCCUCCACAGCAGGAGGAUGACUCUGAGCUUCAUCCCCAACCCCAGCUACAGGGUGGCCCUCAGCCAAGCGACAGCACCGGGGUGCCUGUGACUCGCAACCUUGCUGGGGAUGAUGGGUCCAGAUCGUCCACAGACAGCCCCUCUGUUGGCAGCAUUGGAGACACAGAUGGAUAUGGCCACCAGAUGUGUCAAGCAGAAACCCCUCAAGAGACCCACAUGUCACAUCUGGGGACCUCCAGCCAUCACAAAGGAGACUGCAAAGCAGUGGUGUCGGGAUUGCUGUGUGGGAAACCCAUGAAGUGGGAGGUGGUUUUUGACAUCGAGCCGUUUUUAAGCGGCCGGGAACGUGAGGAAAAGGUUCACGAGGAGCUGUGGAACGAGACGUUUCACCACCUGGCCGGGAGCUCCAUCAUACACGACUUUGAGCACAUGGCCGAUAAAGAGUCUGAGAUAGAACAAGGUUCUGGCAGGAAGUACCAGGUUUACGUUAUUCACACUAGCAAAGCCUGCAAUAUACUGAGCAAAUACACAGCAUUUGUUCCCAUUGACCUGGACACCAAUGAGUAUUUGCCAACAAGUGUUGAAUGCAUUAAUGUGGGUGCAAGCCUGAAGAGGGGCUCCAGGUCUUGUUCAGGAAGCAGGAAGAACAGAGGAUACUCCAUCGGGCUCGGUCGUUCUCAGUCCGGCGGCAUGUCAGAGGAAGCCGAAGAUGUCCUCCUGCCUUACAAUGCAGAGGACGGCGUCUCUCCAUGCAGCACCCCUUCCUCCGCCGGCUGGGACAAAUGCAGCUUCACAGAGGUCGCCCCACAAAGGAGUCCAUCUGUUACCUCAGACCAAUCACAGAAAUCGGUGGAGAGUCUUUUUUCUGCCAGGCUGGCCCUCAGCAGGACUCGCCUCCUGACCCGAGCUGCAAAAGGAUUCAUGUGUCGAACGCACAGCAAGUCUGGUGAUUCAAUAGGAGAAAGUGAAAAUGAGAACAAAGACUACAUUCCCCUGGUGUUGUUGCAGUUGGCGAGCGGCGCAUUUCCCCUGGACUCAGCUCUCUGUGAAGCCAUUAACGUGCCGAUGGACAAGCUGAAGUGGACGUCGCCUUUCGCCAGCCACCGCUCCAGCCUAGGACACCUGUCUCACUCCGGCAGCCGGCGCACUGACAGCACCGACGACGGGUCCAGAUUGCCGUUUGAGCCAGACCCUUAUCAGCCGGCAGCAGAUCACUCUGCUGGCAUCAACAGCCCCUCUUAUCCAUCCAGAAAUGCCUGGCCGGACGCGGGCCAGUCCGCCGCAUUUGAACCCCAGUUUUUCUCAGAGGGCUCAGAAACGGCGUCACCUGGCAGCGCGAUGAAGAGGAUGCCGGAUCCGGAGAACAUGGUGUGGGCAACGGCCGUCGCCCUGGCCUGGCUGGAGCACAGCUCUGCCAGUUAUUUCACAGAAUGGGAGCUGGUGGCGGCCAAAGCCAGCAUGUGGCUGAAUGCGCAGGACAUCCCAGAGGGGAAAGAUUUAGCCUCCAUCAAGGCUGCUGCCAAUCAGCUCUUCAUCAUCCUCAGACACUGGGAUGAAAACCUGCAGCUGAACAUGCUCUGCUACAACCCCAGCUCUGUCUGAGGCCUUAAACAGACUCCAUACCAGAUGAUACUAUGCUAACCAAGGCUGUACCAUCACAGUGACGUUGCGAAAGUAUUCAUAUCCCUUAAACUUUUUUUUUUUCCAUUUCACAACAGCCUCAGUGUUUUAUCUUGCCAUCUUGCGUGAUAGACCAACACAAAAUACUGUUUUGUUCUGAAGAGGAAGGAAAAUAUUACAUGAUUUUCAAAUUUGUUACCAAAAAAAAUCUGAAAAGGCAAAUAUGUGUUAGUGUUCAGCCCCCCUUACUCUGAUACUUCCAAGUAAAAUUCAAUCCAACAAAUUACACAGUAUUAGUAAAUACAGCCCAACUUUGUGUAAUUUCAGUAAAAAUCCAAAAUAUGUCACAGGUGUCACGAGAGUAGCAAGAGGAAAAUUACUCAGAGGUAACUCUGGAGGAGUUGCAGAGAUCCAGGUGGGGGAAACAUCUGAUAGGACUUACACAAAUCUGGCCUUUAUGGAAACAUAGCAAGAAGGUUGUAAAUUCUGAAAGAAAGCUAUAAUUAAUAUUUAAACACAGCAAACAAAGAAUAGGAGCCCAAAAUUGAAAGUUAUGGCUGACUUUCAGCAUACUGUGUGCUGAAAGUCAACCCACAAUAUGCUUAAUAAUCCCCAAAACUGCAAUGGAUAUGUUCAGAUAAAAGCAAAUGGAUGGAUCAGAAUGGCCUAGUCAAAGUUCAGACCAGGGUUCUGCAACCUCUACAAUCCAAAGAACCGUUUUUAUCCUCAGUCAAGAUAAAACGUAAUUAAAAAUGAAAAAGGCAAUCUAUAAUUUCUGGUAUAUAUCUACUAUAAGAAAAGUGUUAUUUUUUUUAAUAUCUGCUUUAUUUUAUUAAUUUCAAAUAAAGAAAACAUAACACUUUUGCAAGAAAGAGGAUGCACACAUUUCAUUGUCUUCUAUGGGAUGUUGAGGUUUGCAGAAAGUAUGUAAAUAAAGCCACAUAUUUACCAACUUAAUGACAAGAAAAAAUGUUUUAAAAGUAAUUUUGUUUUUGGAAACUAAAUGAAAUUGUUCCAUGAAAUAAACUAUAUCUAGUUUUUAAGGGUGAUGCAGAACCCUUUUCUAGACCUAAAUCAAACUGAGAAUCGGUUCCAAAAGUUGAAAAUUGUUGUUCAGUAGAUCUCUGUUCAAUCUGACUGAACUGAGCUAUCCUGCAAAGGUUUUCCAGCAGUAACAGUAUUAUAAUCUGGUUCUUAAAAGUAUUAACUCAGGGCUACUAAAGACAAAUGCUGUUUAUCCCCCAAUCAGGUGCCUUCCAAUGGUAAUGAAUUGUAUUUAAGGGAACAGAAUUGAAGUGUAUGGCAUGCCUUUCAGAUUUUUGCUCCUAAAAAUAUUUUAAUCAUGUACUUUCUUUCCUAUUACGCUACUUUGUGUCGGUCUGUUCCAUGAAAUCCUAUAGAUAUAUAUUGACCUUGGUGGAUGUAAUGUGUCCGAAUGUUAAAGAAAAAAAAACAAUCCAAGGGGUAUUGAUGCAAAGCACUGUCUACAGAGCAGUUUGUGCUCUGGAGUCAGAUUUUUCUUUUCCUGUUGCAGUGGUGAACAAUGUGUGUUUUGCUCUGUUUGUAUGUGCUGUUCCUCCUGACAUAUCACAGGCUCGUCAGAGACACUUUUUCUAAGAUGUAACCUCGCCGGUGCCAGGCUCACCCACUGGAUCUCCGUAAGCGAGAGCCGUGUUUAUGAGUUUGUGGAGAAUCAGUGUUAACGUUUUAGCAUGUUGGACCGGUCUCCCAUCAACAUGUGAGCAACACUACUGUUGUCAUCAUAUGGAUGUUCUGGCUGGAAUGCUGCAAAACAGUAAUAAGAGAAAAAAAAUUAUUUAAUUUAUUGAUACAUAUUUGCUGCAUUUUUGGACUUAGCUGUGUCGUAAAAGCAGAGAUUAUUUUACUAAGAAGCAUUUGGGUUCUCACUAGUGGUACUGUUCCUCUUUUAUCUUGUGUCUGUUACUAUUACAGUGUUAUUACUACUUAUGUUUUUUGUUUAAAGUGUAGCAGAGACUGAAAAAUAUGCAAACAGCUAAAGAAAAUAUUAAAUCUGUAUGUUGACAUCUAAAUAUAUAUAUGGAUCUGGUAUAAAUGGAAGAAUGUGCAUGUUUUUGUUGCCUUAUUUAGGUGAAUACUGUGGUUAUUUUCAUUUGAAUGAUUUUAAUUCACAUGUGCUUUUUUUUAUAAGAAAACAUAAUUUUUGGUGUUGGCUCAAAAGAGUAGUGUGGCUGUGAGUUCAAGGUUAGUCCAGUUUAAGGAAUUGAAAGUUUAGUCACAGCUGAUACUUUAGGAAUUGAGUUUAAAAAAUUUAAUGCAAUUUUUCAAAUACAUUUUUACUUAUUAGUAUAUUCAAAUUUACUGUCACUUUUACUAACUGAACCAGAAGAUACUUGAACCAAUUAACAUUAACAUGAACAUGCACCAUUAAUACAUGGCUUUUUGAACCAUCAAGUUGAUUUCAGGAUUUUUGAAACACAGAAGUUAACGGCUCAUCUUCUCAUAUCUGUCUCAUAAAUGUCUAGCUGCUGAACACUGUGUGCUAACAAGUGUGUGCCCCUAUUACUGUCUGUCAAAAAAAAUCUCCUUGUAAUGGUGUUAUAACUUGCUGCUGACAGAGGACUCUUUAUUGCAUUAUCUGUGUCUCUAGGCCUGCAUGUUUGACACGAUACCAUUAACAUUUGGCAACCUUUGCCUUCUGUUUAUCCCUUCACUGAUUUUUUUUUUUAGUGGAUGAUAUAUGAAGUAUUCAAAAGAAAAUACGGUUUUUGAAGCUGAAAUGUCUAGCUGCUUCACUUGCUAUUGGUUGAUUUUGGAAAUCUGAUCCCUCAAGACAGCACAGAUAUGGAAGCCCAUGGAUGUCAGCUUCCACCAUGAUGCCAAGAUUAUUUUCUCUGUGCAUAUUAAUGAAUAUUAAGGCAUAUUUUGUGUUUGAACUAUUAAAAUUGGCAGUUAAAAGGCUUUUUAAAGGGAGUCUUAAAGGAGACCUAUGCAAAAUUCACAUUUUGCAUGUUUGAAUACUUCCAUUUGGGUAACAACUGCUUCUAAAAGCAGCCCAAGCACUUAAAAAAACCACCCAGCCAUCUUUUGGCAAUAAGUUAAUGUUUUAUGGUGUCUGGAAAAUGAGCCAUUUCAAAAACCUUCCAAAUGUAACGUCUCAAAUCAGCAUGCACUGCGCUGUCACCUAGCAACUCCAGUGAAGCCCAGCUUGUCACCUAGCAACCCAAGCUGAGCUCCAGCAUAUUUGCUCAGCUGGUUUUACUGCUGUGUGCGCUGUACAAUGGCUGCUGGAAAAGACAAGAGUUUUGUUGUUGACUUAUCAUCCAGAAACCACUUGCUGCAUCCUUGUUGGUUCUGCAGGAGUCUCUUCUGCUUUUUAUAGAUGUACGAAUUAUAGUAAACUUUGAGUUGGGGGUUCUGACCAGCAGUAGAUUGUUUGGAUUUAAAGUGAAAAGCUUAAUUUUUUCAAAAUAAAGCUCAUAGACCUAUCCUAACCUGUUCAAGGAAGCAUAUUAGGUCACCUUUAAGUAUUUGUGGAUUUUAAUUGUGGUUCCUAACCCCUGCGGACAUUGCAUGUCAUGUGCAUAAUGGGGAGUCUUGAGCUCUAAAAUGAACUGAAAGAAAAAACUUUUCUAAAGAAAAUGUUUAAAAGUGUAAUCAACAACAAACCUUGGCAGCUGCCCAUGCAGGUAUAAUCUAGGGCAGCCCGAAAUGAUGCUGCUGCUGCUGCGUGGGUUAAUCUUGUCAGAGUAAGUGUCCUGAUUCUGGUUAGUGAGCUUAGCAGGCUCAAAACAUCAAAGCACCAACAUCAGAGAGGAAUGUAGUUAUUUAUAUGUGAGACUUUCCAGUGCAUGUAAGGAAAGGCUCUGCUCAUCACACCACCAGCUACACACCUCCACAGAUGGAAGGGUCAAAUGUGUGGGUAGGUAUAGGUUACAAACUCUGACUCUCUGCUGUAGCUCUCCAAUUACCUGGAAAUUGUGAGCAUUCAUUUGAAAUUCUCUACAGACUCUACACUCUCAUUUAACAUGAAAAGGAAGUUCUCAUAGCACACAGAAAAAAUAAUUCAUGGAGCAGCUCAAUCAAAUGAUGUUCAAGACUAGAAGGUAAAUGCUUAAUUGACCUACGAUGUUAACUUGAACACAGAUUAUUGUUGGAGCUCUUUGAUGAAUUCAAAACAAUCAAAAUAAACGGUAGUACACAAGGCAGAAUAUUUCUUCUAUUCUGUAAUGUUCCUUCUGAUCCCAUUGAAUGGAUCAGAUGAGGUGAGCGAGGCAUUUUUUAUGAUAGGAGGUGAACUCCCACUCACUCUAAUUAGCCUAGUGUUUUCUGUGGUUUCACUUUGUCAGCCUGGUGGUAGCUUAGAAAAGUUGUGUUGGAAAUGUCCAUAAUAACUACAACUUUUCUUCAGGCUGGUAGCAAUUCAGCUUUAUUCAAUACCAAUUUAAUUAGUCGGUUAAAAAAAUAAAACAUUUAAUUAAAUAGAUCUGAUUCACAUACACAAAAUGUUAAGCACAUUUUGUUCUGCAACAUAUAUAUGUAGCGCCAAACUGUUCCAAAUUUUGUGUUAUAAGCAUGUCGAUAGGCCAGGUUGUUUUUGAUGCAUCACAUUUUUCAGUACAUAGUAAUCAACAUCAACCAUCUAGGGCUGAAUGUUCAAUGGUCUAUACAAUCUAUGAAUGCCCCUUAGUGAUCGAAAUAAUUAUUAGCUGGAUCAACAGGAAAAUAAGCCCAACUAUCCUGCCAUGUCGGUCAUUUUAAGCAUUUACUAUGCCGAGGUAAAUGCCACUAGUUCAUUAUUAUGAAAUCUGUUCAGCAUUUUUGCAAAGUUUAUAGAAGUGAUGCCUGUAGAUGGCAUGUAUUGCAUCCCAAAGAUGUGAUGCUCAUGAUACUGAAUUUUUUAAUGUCUGAAAAAUGAUCAGAUCUUUGAUCUUUUCUUAGCUGAAGAUCAAUUUAAGUAGGAAACAGUUUUCUUACAUAUUCUGUCUUUGUAGACCACUGAAUCAGGCAAGAAUAGGAACUAAUUUUUGAACUUCUAACCCAAUUACAUGGACAUUAAUUAGCAGCAGGUACUGUCCAAUCCUCCAGAACACGUGCAACAAUCAAGACUCUUUUCAUAGAAAUCAAAAGGAGAAAGACAACAUUAGUUAUCAAUGUCAAAACUCAUUCACCACAAGUGCCUGAACUGAGUUCAAAGUCAGCAGAAAAUAUCUCUUAACUUAUACAUGUUCCAUUUUUUCAGCACAGCCGAAUCUGUUUGCAGUUAUUAUUAAUUCCAGUUAAUGGGAUUUUACACUGAAAUCGACAACAAUGCCAUAUGAAACGCUUGUUACCAACCAUUAAGUUCUGCUGAUACUUAUAUUGAAAAACAAUCUUUUUUUUGUUCUGUUUGUGAAAUAGACCAAAGUAUGUUUUAGUCAGUGGUAAUAAAAUUUGCAUCACUUGAAGUAGUAAUGAUUUCUGAAUUAGAUGAGUGAUUCUGUGCAACCAGUAGAACCCACCUGGUGCAUCUCAGCUUGUUAAUUUUAGCUACCAUAUCAAAUCUUUGCUGUUUUUACGUUGGAAUCGCCAAUAUUACUUCAGACAAAUCAUUUUCCUGAACUUAGAAAAUAAAAAACGAGACAACUUUUUAAAGAGUUGUCUCUGCAGUAACAGCAUUCUUCUUUUAUAAUUACACUUUUUUUUUUUUUUGGUAUUCAUAUAGUAUUUCAUUACUCAGGUAUGUUUAUUUCUACUCAGGCCGAGUUGCAUGAGUCCUACAUGAACAUAAGCAUUUAACACAAAUUUUGAUCAUUCCUACAUAUUGAAGCCAGUGGUGCGGCGUUUUCCUUUCUGAAAUUUAAAAUAUGAUUUUGAUAUUAUAAAGUAAUAUAUCUGUGCUGUAAUUGCGACAGUAAGUGCAGCUGUAACUGUUAUAAAUUGUAUUUUUCAUGUACUGGGUCAAUUGUAUAGUGUAUUAUCUUUCAAAUUGCUGUUUGUGCCUUUAUAAAUGAUUGUUGACCAUUUGAGGCGAUUGAAAGCUUCUGUAGUGUCUUUCAGAUUGUUGAUGUUAUAUUAAACUCUACAGGUGCAUGAAAUAAAUAUUACUACAAACAAA